AUGGCGGCGGCGAUGGCGGGGAAGCUGGUGGGACGGCUGGUGGGACGGCUGGCCGGGCCUGGCGGGGCCUUUUCGCGCCCGCUGACUCGUCUGGCCUUCCCUGCGGGGCCGAGGCGCGCGAUGAGCGGGGCCAGCCCGGUGCUGGUGGAGCUGGACGAGCGCGCGGGCGUGGCAGUGGUGCGGUUGCAGCAGCCGCCGGUGAACGGGCUCAGCCUGGCGCUGCUGACCGAGCUCUGCCUGGCGCUGCAGAAGCUGGAGGACCACCGGGCCUGCCGCGGCCUCGUCAUCGCCUCGGCCGUCCCCGGGAUCUUCUCGGCAGGGCUGGACGUGACGGAGAUGUGCGGGCGGAGCGAUGAGCGCCUGGGCGAAUUCUGGAGGGCCGUGCAGCAACUCUGGAUCCUCCUCUGCGGCAGCCGCCUGGCCACCGUGGCCGCCGUCAACGGUUCCAGCCCCGCUGGAGGCUGCCUCAUGGCCUUGUCGUGUGACUACCGGAUCAUGGCUGACAAUCCGAAGUACAGCAUUGGUCUGAAUGAGACAAGAUUGGGCAUCGUUGCCCCUUUUUGGCUGAGGGACUCUUUGGUGAAAACUGUUGGUCAUAGGGCCGCCGAGCGCUCUCUCCAGCUGGGACUCCUGUAUUCUCCACAAGAAGCCCUCAAAAUUGGUCUUGUGGAUGACUUGGUGCCUGAAGAGAAGAUCCAAGCCAGAGCUGCAGAAGUCAUGGCCCAGUGGCUAGCCAUUCCAGAUCACUCCCGACAGCUGACCAAGUCCGCCCUACGGAAGCAAGCACUUGACCACCUGCUGAUGCAUCGCGAGGCUGACAUCCAGGACUUCGUGCGCUUUAUUUCCAGGGAUGCUAUUCAGAAGUCUCUCCAGAAGUACAUGGAGAUGUUGAGACAGAAGGCUUGAGGGGUGAGCCUUCCUGCUUGUCAGAGCUUGAGGGCUGUCUCCCUGGCAGCCUCACCAUUGCCUUAUUCUGGCCUCGGAAGACUGAAUGUGUGAUAUCUGACUUUAAUGGCUUUUGCAUAGUUUGUCGCUGGAGUUUGUACUUCAGGGCUCAGCUGAUGGUGGAACAGGUUAGAAAUGAUUGUGGGAAGGCAGCUAGGCUACCCGGGAGUGUUUAGCUUUUUGUCUUCUUAAGAAACAGGUGGAAUGCCAGUUGCCAAUAAAUCCUUAACAAUA